CAACUUUGCUCAUUUUGACAGUGCUUCCCAAAACAACGCGUCCUGGUGUUUACAAUUUAAUUCGCUCUUGCACAGCAUAUUGAGUGUUAUAGAUUUCGUUAAUUUCCGUAAUUUCCGACAAGUUUGUGCAAUAUGAGCGCAAUGGAAGAAGAAUUUGAGGAGGACGGAUGGAUGCACCGAAACCACCAGCCUGGCGAAGAAGAGGCCGAUGCCCAUGAAGAGCCAUUGGAGAACCCUCAGGAGGUACUCGGCGAAUGUCUGGGGAAGUUUGCGACUUCCGACUACAUAAUGGAACCAGGAAUUUUCGCACAACUCAAACGUUACUUCCAAGCUGGCGGCACUCCAGAACAAGUCAUCAACCAGCUGUCCGCGAACUACACCGCUGUCGCACAGAUGGCGAAUCUUCUUGCCGAGUGGCUCAUACUGGCGGGAGUUCGCGUUACGGACGUACAGGCAAUGGUCGAGAACCAUUUGAAGGAUAUGAUUCUGAAAACAUUCGACCCCAAAAAAGCGGACAAGAUUUUUACCGAGGAGGGUGAAACGCCCGCCUGGUUGACGGAGAUGAUUGAGCACCAUACCUGGCGAUCGCUGAUAUACCGUCUCGCCGAGGAGUAUCCGGAUUGUUUGAUGUUAAAUUUCACAAUCAAGCUGAUAUCCGAUGCCGGGUUUCAGAGUGAAAUUACGUCAAUUUCAACGGCAGCCCAGCAGAUUGAGGUGUUUUCUAGAGUGCUGAAAACGGCUAUUGCCAAGUUUCUCAAUCAUCCCGAUGACUGGCAAAGUGCCAUUCAUGAAUGCGCCAAAAUGGUUUGCCACGGACAGCACACAUAUGUUUAUAGUCAGGUACUUAUUCAAGUGCUGUCCCAGGAAUCCAAGGGAGGCUUCAUCAUGAAGCGUUUGGCGCAGGAGAUUACCAAAUACGCACUGAAGAAUAAUCAUAAUGUGACUCCUAUCACGAUGGCACUGAACGGAUCCGCCAGGCACCCGCAGGCAUGCGAAGCACUGACUUCCAUGCUGACACGAAACGCGCUGAAUCCGGCCGAUAUUACGGUACUGUUCCGUAAUUAUUCUUCACCAGAGCCACCCCCAAUCGAUCUCAUCCGGAAUCCCCAAUUCCUGGAUCUGUUGGUGGACUCGUUGUUCAAGAUGGGUGUGAAAAUUAACCAGGAGCACAAAUCGAAGUACAUCUAUCUGCUGGCGUAUGCGGCGAGUGUUUGCGAAUCUCCCACGAAGAAGGGUCAAGCGAAAGGCCAUAGAACUGUCAACAAAGACGAGCUGAAGCCCACGAUUCAGGCCAUCGAGAAAGUGCACGCAAUUUGUAACGUGAAUCGUGGUUCCACUGAACUAAUCGCUGAGAUAUCCACUCUCUACAAUUGCAUCCGCUUUCCGGUGGUUGGAGUGGGCGUAAUUCGGUGGGUGGAAAACACCGUUACGGAAGCUUCCUAUUUCAAGCUGUGUACGGAGAGCUGUCCGCUCCAUUUGGCCCUGUUGGACGAGGUUGCGUGCGUUCAUUCCUCGCUGCACGAUCAGAUUCUGCGACUGCUAAUCCAGUUGUUCGAAUCCAAGCAGGACGAGCUAGAGAUUCUGGUUCAGCUGGAGAUGAAGAAGAUGUUGCUCGAUCGUAUGGUAAACCUGUUGGCGCGGGGAUGCGUUGUACCGGUUGUCAAGUACAUCCGGCAGUGUUGCAACCGGGGGGACACCGAUAUAUCACUGAUACGAUACUUCGUCACCGAGGUAUUGGAAACUAUCACCCAUCCUUAUUCGCCCGAGUUCGUUCAGCUGUUUCUGCCCAUGGUGGAGAACGAGGAAAUCACUGGUUCCAUGAGGGGGGAGGGCGACAAUGAUCCGGUUUCGGAAUUUAUAGUUCACUGUAAGGCACACUAUACAACAAUUUAGGAGGAGCAGAUACAAACGCGAAGUUCAUUUCAUCCGAAAGCAUUGAAUAUGACACAGUAAAAACUGUUGAGCAUCUUGCUCGACAGCACCGAUAGUCUGAAUUUGAGCCAAUCUGGCUACACUGGUGUCAUACUAUUCUAGAAUGAAAUUCAGCUUUGUUCAAAUAAAAAUUCACUUCGUUUUUGUCUUUGACACGAGCAACAAGUGUUCUAUUUUCUUCUCGUUAGAAACUUGCUUCCACAUAUCCUGUGCACUCUAACCGGUUAUGGGCACAAGCUUUUCCGCCAAAUCGAUAAAAGUAAAUCACGUUGAUCGUGUGUCGUAAAAUCAGUUGUGUCAACAAUUUUCGCAUCUGAAAUGGAGCUGCAAUACAUAAUUCGGACUAAAUUGUACCGAUUUGCCGGUGUCAAGUGGUAACUUCGGUUAGCAAUAUGAUAAACCAAUUUAAUCAGCCACAGCCGCUCAACAUAGUGGAACCCGAGCUAUCGUCGAGAAAAUUAAAGCCUGGUGAAGUACAUCCAAUUUAUAAAAUCAACCGCCUUAUAAAUCGAGUAGUGAUGUUCGAAGAGCCGUACAAACGGACUGAUCCUGUGUUGUGUCACAACUGUCAAGGGUUCGGCCAUGUCAAAGGGCACUGUAAACUCCCAGCUUUCUGCGUAUUUUGCAGUGGUAUACACGAAACAAAAAAACAAAAAAAAAUUCAGUAACUGCGGUGACAAUCAUACUGAAAACUACAGGGAUGCCUAGUAUACACUACCUUAAGGAAAAAAUCGGUAGAAUCCCGACAAAAAUGGUAACUAGCAGGCUUGCAAACCAAAACUACAACUAUCGGUAAACAGAGUCACACUCCUGAAACCCUAACAUCUUGGGUUCACGCCGUCACCCAGCACAUCGUAUAGGGAUGCUUUACUCUCCAACCACCAACACCCAUAAUUCCUCCCGUGGACCACUUACAAGUAUUUAUGGGUCCAACUAUGCAAUUAGUGACAUCAAUGCGAACAAUGAUACAAGAAAUGUGCGCAGCCAGCAACUUCUCGUCCAAAAACUGCAAUGUUAAAAAAAUUAGUGGGUUAUAUCUAUGAUAUAACCG